AAAAUCAAAAAAUUAAUUGAAGCAUGGAAAUUAAAUCAUGGAUUAUGUUUAGCUGGCAAUAAAUUUAUUCAAAGCAGAAAUCCAAUUUUUGACAAUGAUGGAGAGUUGAAAAUAGAAGCAUAUAAGGAUGUGCCGUUAGUAUAUGUUGCUUCUAAAGACCCAACUAGCCCCUUAAUUAUAGAUGCAGAUAAGAAAAAAUCAUCCUGGAAAGAAUUGCAAGAAUUACAAGAUGCUAAUGAAAAGUCUGUUGAAAAUAUACUUGGGGCGGAAAUUAAUGAAAAGCCCAAUGACAAUAUACUUGGGGUGGGUAUUAGUGAAAAGUCUAAUAACAAUAUACUUGAGGAGGAUGUAUGUAUUUUAUUUCCAAUUGCUGAGGUCACAUAUAGUAGUAAAUACUUGAAAGAUUUUAAUAAUGAAACCAAUGAUUAUACUGAAUAUGGUCAAUUUUUUGCAAAUAAAUUACUUGUUGGAGGAAAAUUGGUUCUUAAAAACUUUGCUAAUGCAAAACCAAAACAACACGAACAUUUAAAGUCGCAUUUGGUCUGGGCAUUUGAUGCAUCCUGCUCAAACAAGGAGAAUCCAAUAGAAGGGGCAACUAUUUAUGAUUUUCCUAUUAUUGAAACAACGAACGAGGAUAAAAUAAAAACUCCAAAAGACCUAGCUAGGUGGAUGAAACGCUUAUAUGAGGAUAAUGCAGCAGAAAUUAUAUCGUAUAAGGAAGUUGUCCCAUUGAUUGAGAAACUUGAAGAUAAGUCUAUUAGAUUUAAACGCUUAGUUCCUGGCAUCACGCAUAAGCAUAAAGAGUUUACUCUAAAAGAUUGGACUAAUGAUACACCAUCGACAAAUUUACUAACAUGGAUUAAUAAGUUUAAUUUUCACUAUGGAGUUUUGGUUGACCAAUUUAGAAUUUCAUUUGCUAAGAAGUGUGCUAUAAAUUUUAUUCAAGGACCAAUUGUCACUAAGCGUAAUAACUCAUCAUAUUUACAGACAAUUCGACCCAAAACAUAUAUAGAGGAAACCUUAUUAGGGCAUGAUGUUAUUAGCAAAUUAGAUCCAAUUCCAUUUGUAUCAAUUGCGGAAAGUACUACUUCGCAAAUUAGCAACAUAAAGUAUUUCUUUGUGAGGCAGGAAUUUGUUAAAAUUUCACUUGAGACUGAUUAUAUUAAAGCUUCAUCGGAUUUUGAACAAGCUGUAAAGGAUGCUCUCGAUAAUAUUAAGCCUUAUCAAAAGCUUCAGCAAGUGUUUAAUAAUUUUUUCCACAAACAAUAA